GGAUGGAACAGUUUUCUGUCCACCAUUGAUUAAAGAUGAACCUGAAGAUGAUGGCUAUUUUGCUCCUCCUAGAGAGGAUAUAAAGCCAUUAAAGAGACCUCGAGACGAGGAUGAUGCUGAUUAUAAACCUAAGAAAAUUAAAACAGAAGAUACCAAGAAAGAGAAGAAACGAAAACUAGAGGAAGAAGAGGAUGGUAAAUUGAAAAAACCCAAGAAUAAGGAUAAAGAUAAAGAUAAAAAAGUUCCUGAGCCAGAUAGUAAGAAAAAGAAGCCGAAGAAAGAAGAGGAACAGAAGUGGAAAUGGUGGGAAGAAGAGCGCUAUCCUGAAGGCAUCAAGUGGAAAUUCCUAGAACAUAAAGGUCCUGUAUUUGCUCCACCAUAUGAACCUCUUCCAGAGAAUGUCAAGUUUUACUAUGAUGGUAAGGUCAUGAAGCUGAGCCCCAAAGCAGAAGAAGUAGCUACGUUCUUUGCAAAAAUGCUCGACCAUGAAUAUACUACUAAGGAAAUAUUUAGGAAAAAUUUCUUUAAAGACUGGAGAAAGGAAAUGACCAAUGAAGAGAAGAAUAUUAUCACCAACCUCAGCAAAUGUGAUUUUACCCAGAUGAGCCAGUAUUUCAAAGCCCAGACAGAAGCUCGGAAGCAGAUGAGCAAGGAAGAGAAACUGAAAAUCAAAGAGGAGAAUGAAAAAUUACUGAAAGAAUAUGGCUUCUGUGUUAUGGAUAACCACAGAGAGAGGAUUGCCAACUUCAAGAUAGAACCUCCUGGGCUUUUCCGUGGCCGUGGCAACCACCCCAAGAUGGGCAUGCUGAAGAGACGGAUCAUGCCUGAGGAUAUAAUCAUCAACUGUAGCAAAGAUGCCAAGGUUCCUUCUCCUCCUCCAGGUCAUAAGUGGAAAGAGGUCCGACAUGAUAACAAGGUUACUUGGCUAGUCUCCUGGACAGAGAACAUCCAGGGUUCUAUUAAAUACAUCAUGCUGAACCCUAGCUCACGAAUCAAGGGUGAGAAAGACUGGCAGAAAUAUGAGACUGCUCGGCGGCUGAAGAAGUGUGUGGACAAGAUCCGGAACCAGUACCGGGAAGACUGGAAGUCCAAAGAGAUGAAAGUUCGGCAGAGAGCUGUAGCUCUGUACUUCAUCGACAAGCUUGCUCUGCGAGCAGGCAAUGAGAAGGAGGAAGGAGAAACAGCGGACACGGUGGGUUGCUGCUCACUUCGUGUGGAGCACAUCAGUCUGCACCCAGAGCUGGAUGGUCAGGAAUACGUGGUAGAGUUUGACUUCCUGGGAAAGGACUCAAUCAGAUACUAUAACAAAGUCCCCGUUGAGAAACGAGUUUUUAAGAACUUACAACUAUUUAUGGAGAACAAACAGCCUGAGGAUGAUCUUUUUGAUAGACUCAAUACCGGUAUUCUAAAUAAACAUCUUCAGGAUCUCAUGGAGGGCUUGACAGCGAAGGUGUUCCGUACAUAUAACGCCUCCAUCACACUACAGCAGCAGCUAAAGGAACUCACAGCUCCUGAUGAGAACGUCCCAGCAAAGAUACUAUCUUAUAACCGUGCCAACCGAGCCGUUGCAAUUCUUUGUAACCAUCAGAGGGCACCACCAAAAACUUUUGAGAAGUCCAUGAUGAACUUGCAAUCUAAGAUUGAUGCCAAGAAGGAACAGCUAGCAGAUGCCCGGAGAGACCUGAAAAGUGCUAAGGCUGAUGCCAAGGUCCUUAAGGAUGCAAAAACCAAGAAGGUGGUAGAGUCAAAGAAGAAGGCUGUGCAGAGACUGGAGGAGCAGUUGAUGAAGCUUGAAGUACAAGCCACAGACCGAGAGGAGAAUAAACAAAUUGCUUUGGGAACCUCCAAACUCAAUUAUCUGGACCCAAGGAUCACCGUGGCUUGGUGCAAGAAGUGGGGGGUCCCAAUUGAGAAAAUUUACAACAAAACCCAGCGGGAGAAGUUUGCCUGGGCCAUCGACAUGGCUGACGAGGACUACGAGUUCUAGCCGGUCUUGAGGGGCAGCGUUCUGUGAGAAGGAGCAGAGUAUGGUUUGGGGCAGAUGGAUAAACUGUGAGCCUCGCGUGCCCUCGCACCUGAGGGGAGGGGGCAGCAAGUCUUAACAGAGCAACAUCUUUGAGAAAAGAUAACCUGGAAAUAUUAUAAGGGAGAGCUGAGCCAGUUGUCCUAUGGACAACUUAUUUAAAAAUAUUUCAGAUAUCAAAAUUCUAGCUGUAUGAUUUGUUUUGAAUUUUGUUUUUAUUUUCAAGGGGUCAAGUGGAUGGGAAUUUGUCAGAGUUCUGCCAGGCAAAUUCACUGUUUCACUGAAACAUUUGGAUUCUCUUAGCUACUGUAUAUGAAGUCCGAUUAUAUUGGUGCGUUUUUACAGUUAGGGUUUUGCAAUAACUUCUAUAUUUUAAUAGAAAUGAGUUCCUAAACUCCCCUCUCCCCCAUUUCAGGAAUUUAAAAUUAAGUAGAACAAAAACCCAGCGCACCUGUUAGAGUUGUCACUAUCUAUUGUCAUGGGAAUCAGUUUUCAUUAAACUUGAAGCAGUUGUGACAUGGGCAGUGUUUUGGUUCAGACACCUGUUCACAGAAAAGCAUGAUGGGAAAAUAUUUCCUGACUUGAGUGUUCCUCUUUAAAUGUGAAUUUUUAUUUCUUUUUAAUUAUUUUAAAAUAUUUAAACCUUUUUCUUGAUCUUAAAGAUCGUGUAGAUUGGGGCUGGGGAGGGAUGAGAGGGGUUGAGCGAGUCUAAGGAUAAUGAAAUAAUCAGUGACUGAAACCAUUUUCCCAUCAUCCUUUGUUCUGAACAUUCUCUGUGCCCUUUCAGAUACCCAUCUUUUUCAUUUUAAACCCCAGUCUUUCACUUGAAAGAUUUUAUUGUAUAAAAAGUUCCACAGGUCAAAAAUUUAGAGGAAAAUGAGUAUUUGGUCCAAAAAAGGAAAAAUAAUCAAGAUUUUAGGGCUUUUAUUUUUUCUUUUGUAAUUGUGUAAAAAAUGGGGAAAAAAACACAUAAAAAGCAGAAUUUUAAUGUGAAGACAUUUUUUGCUAUAAUCAUUAGUUUUAGAGGCAUUGUUAGUUUAGCGUGUGUGCAGAGUCCAUUUCCCACAUCUUUCCUCAAGUAUCUUCUAUUUUUAUCAUGAAUUCCCUUUUAAUCAACUGUAGGUUAUUUAAAAUAAAUUCCUACAACUUAACGGAAACUUGGUGUCUGCCUCUUUGUUACCCAAGGGCCCCAGGCCAGAGUGGAGCUCUGGGGCUGGAACUUGGAGUGGGAUGUGGUCUACCUGCUCCGGUGGUGCCUUCCUCCCCAGGAGCUGGGGCUGGGCCAGGCCUGGAAGGGGCUGCAUCUGUCCUGCUGCCGUGGGUGUGGGUCAAAGGGGAGGGAGCCAGAAUCCACAUCCUUAGAAAAAGGCAGGCCCAGGAAGUGAAGGCAAGUACAGAAAAUCUACAAGAACAGGUGGGGUGCAAGAACUAUAUUUGGAGCCUAGGGUAGGUUUAUUGAGCAAGAUGGAGCAAGUGUAUUCAGGAGGCAGAUUUUGGAAUACUUUCCAUGUGUGCUGGCAAGAAGCAGUAGGAGCUUCUUUGGGUUUGCUUAUGUGGCUAAGGUUACUGUCAGGAUGGCAGGAAUGAAGGGUACUAAGCCAAUCAGAACACUGGAUCCCAGAAGCUCUCUCCCAGAUGGAAUGCAGACUUCUCCUUUUGUUGACUGAGAGAGGGAGUGGUCUGUGACCACUUCUCUGUGCUCUAGUAUCUGAGCUGGCCAGGGUCCCUACAAUAAUUGUUUUUCCAUUCAUCCUAGGUUACAGCUAAGUCUGGAAUUAGGUUGAAAGGUGGGGUCUCCUGGUCAAAUGGAGCCGGGGGGCAGGAAGGCCAAAGUGGUCAGAAUUGGUCACUUAGCUAGCCCUAAGCCUUCCAGCUUGCCGGCAGGCACAGGUGUUACUCUGGGAGGAGAGCCACCUCCCUGAUGGUCUCUCAACUUCCUGGGGCUGGGCCCACUGCAGAGAAUCCUGAGGGGUCCUUGGCAGCCUGUAUGUCACUGGCCAGUGAGGGAGGCAGCAUUCACCCCAGGGAAUAAAGGAGGUUAUGUAGCCACCAUUGCUUUGGAGCAAGAGAUUGCAGCCAGGCAUUUUUGAAUUCUAUGGUUCUGGGGUAGCUAGACCAGUGAAUGUAAGGAAUAGUAACAAGCUCAUCCAGUGCCUUAUCAAUACACUUCAGCAGGACCUGCCACAACCAGAGGACAAACCUUGGACCACAACUAGAAACCAGGGACAGGUGGCCUUACAGGCAGAUUUUACUGAUGAGCAGAAACUUGUGCCCAACUUUCCCGGCAAGGACCUUCCUUCUGCUGAGGGCAGGUGCAGGGCAACUAGAUACUAGUCAAGAACAGUUGUGAAGGACAUCCUGGGUGGUGGCAACAAGGCUGGGAGAGCAAGCCAGAGAAUGGGAAGCUGACCUGGCCACUGCGAUGAGGGAAGAGUCUAGACAGGUAGGUGAGGGCCAGGUAUGAAGGGCCCCGAAGGAUGCUUGAACACGGAGUCAGGAGACCCACCCCUUCCUAUUCAUCUGGCAGGUAGGUUCCCUCCUCCCACUUCCAGUCUCGUCCGGGAGCAGAGGCCAGAAGUGCAGGGUCUGACCCACUCCCUCCUGUCAGGCUCCUCCAUGAUGCUGGAGUACAGCUGUGGGCAAAGGGAGACCGCUUCCACACGGUACCCCAGCCAGACAUCCAGGUGCUUGCUUGGCUCCGCCCUCACCCACCACGUCUGGUCAGCCCGUCCCCUCAGUUCUCCCUGUCAAGCCU